CAUUUCUGGAGCUCCAAGAUGCACACCAAAGAAAACUCCUGCUGCUGCUCCUUUGAGGACUACAAAAUGACCACUGAGUGGCUCCUGAACCAGACUAAUCACCGUCCAAAGGUGGCGGUGAUCUGUGGAUCGGCACUGGGACUGCUGGCCGAUGGAGCCACCAACAAACAAACCUUCAGGUAUCAGGACAUCCCAAACUUCCCCGUCAGCACAGUUCCAGGUCAUGAAGGCUGCUUGGUGUUUGGGACAAUUGAAGACACUUCCUGUGUCUUCAUGAAGGGUCACUUCCACCUGUGUGAAGGCUAUUCCCUCUGCCAAGUGACCUUUCCUGUGAGGAUCUUCAAGCUGAUGGGUGUGGAAUGUUUGCUGGUGACAAACGCCUCUGGAGGAAUUUGUCCAGACUUUAAGGUUGGAGACAUUAUGAUCAUCAAAGACCACAUCAACCUGCCAGGUUUCGCUGGACAGCAUCCGUUGUGUGGACCGAAUGACGAGCGCUUCGGGAUCCGGUUCCCCUGCAUGUCAGACGCUUACAGUAAAGAUCUGAGGACCCUGGUUCUGGACGUGGGUUCUGAGCUCAACUGCAGCCGCUUCAUCAGAACCGGAGUUUACUGCAUGGUGAGCGGACCCAACUUUGAGACCAUCGCUGAGGCCCGGAUGCUGCUGACGCUGGGCUGUGACUCUGUAGGUAUGAGUAUGGUUCCUGAAGUGACUGUGGCCAAACACUGUGGACUGAGAGUUCUGGGUCUGACCCUCAUCACCAACAAGGUGUCUCUGAACUACAGCCGGGAGGAGAAGGUAAACCACGACGAAGUUCUGGAGAUCUGCAAGAUGAGGGCAGAGCUUCUGCAGAAAAUAGUCACUACGCUGAUCGGCCGCUGCCAGCAGCAGAACAUCAACACACACUGAGACCUUCUGGGCUCCUUAGUCAAUAAAGUUCUAAGUUCUGCG